GGACGAAUUAUCUUCUUGUUUAGGCCAUAUAUUUUAGAUCAAAUGUCCGUAACAAUUUCUCUUCAGUGCUCUGAAGGUCGUUUUGAACUCCCUAUUGAUUCGGCGCUAUCCGUCAAGGAUGUCAAGGAGGAGUUUAAAAAAGGUUUCGCCCUGCUUUCAGACUUGAAUCUCAGUUUACUCGUCAUUAACUAUAAAGGUGAGUUUAUAAAGGAUGAAAAUGUUUCCCUGGUAUCCUUAGGAAUUCAAAACGAUGAUGUUUUGUUCUUGAUCAAAAAGCGGGCUGUUCCCUCGCUUGCACGAGAAGAUGCUGAGUGAGUGAAGUAAUCUAGGAGGGAGUAAUGACUUUAUUCCCUUGAUAUAAAGCACUCUAUUAAAGAUGUUUAGUUAUAUUUAGUUGGCUUUAUGUGUGUGAAAGGUUAUUCCGAACAAAAUCUGUUCAGUGAUCACAAAUGUAUUGAAGAAGAUAGAUUAAACUCUAAA